CCGACGGCGAACGAGCGUCGCGACGCGUCCCGCUGCUCCCGUUUCUCGGUCCAGAUACUCCGGAUCGCUCCAGACUCUCCGGAAUCGCCGGACGCCGAUCCAGGGGGUGGCCGAUGGGGACACAGCCGCAGGCCGAAGGGGUGUGUGCGUGCGUGUACGCGUAUUCCGAUUAUCCUGCGUGUCCUUGCGGGACGUGGCCCGUCGAAAUGGUCCAUCGAAAACGAAUAAGGAUCGGAGGGUUUUGAUUUUUUUUCGGGAAAAAAUACGAUGUGUUUGUUGGGCUUUUGCGGGAUUUUCGGGGCGAUCGUGUUCGUGAGGACUUGUUGCUGAGGAAAUAUCCUUUUGUGAAAUGUCUUGGGAAUCUCUCAAUUCGCAGCAUCACGAAUACCUCAGUAACUUCAAUAUCGGCCAUCAGUUAUCGGCCACGCGGUUGCUCUCGUCCCCGGACGGUUCCCGUCACCAUCUCGAAGGGCUCGAGCAAGUAUGGCCUUGGACCAAUUCGUACUCCAGCCUUCAUCGCGACACCUACACCGAGGUGCGGACGCCGCGACCGCCGAGGUUCACGUGGGGCUGCUUCCAGGCCUGCAGGGCCCGCAUCCAUCACAGCAUCGCCAAAAGAAAGGUGGACCAAGGACUUCGUCUGUACAACCAACACAAGCAACAGCAGGCCGUGCGAAAAUGGAAAUCCGCCCUGAAGGCUAUCCAGAAGAGGGAGGAUAAAUUCAGCCUGCUCGGCUAUCUCUAUCUGGCUUACAUGGAUUGGGGCAAAUACAGGGACGCCUUGGAGUACGCUCACCGGCAACUUUUCAUCUCCGAAGAACUGGACAGUCCCAACAUGAGAGCGGAGUCCUACCUGAAUUUAGCCCGGGCUCACCAACGACUCGGCGGCCUCGAAAGGGCAUUGGCGUACGCCAGACAUUCUUUGUACAACGAAUGCGAGCAGCACGCCACUGCCGGGCACGUGCACCUCACCGUAGGCUCGGUAUACCUGGAAUUGGCAGGCUUCAACAAAGCCUUGGAUAGCUUCCAGCACGCCCAUCGGAUAGCCCAAGCCGUACACGAUGCUGCACUGGAAUUGCAGGUUUACGUGGGUCUAUCGGAAUUGUUCAGUCGUUUGCAGGACGCCGAUAAGAGCGCUAGAUACGCUUCGAAAGCGUACGAUUUGUCAAGAUCGUUGCAAUUGGGCGAUUUGAAUUCCAGGCAUCACAGGGCGGCUCUCCUGCAAAUGGCUUCGGCGCUGCGAAAACAAGGCGAACUCGGCGACGCCCACGAUUAUUGUUCAGAAGCUACUAGAUUGGCGUUGGCGUCCGGCGAUCAAGCGACAUACGCCCGGAGCAUACGAAUCAUGGGCGACAUUUACAGGAAAAAGUCUGAUAUUAACAAAGCCUUUCGCCAGUACGAAACGGCGAUGGGUUCGGCCGCCGCGAUGGGGGACCGGGUCAUCCAAAUGGAGUCGAUGGACGGCGCCGCUCGAUGCCUCGAAGCGCUGCGAUUGCAGCGGAAAAUCUGCAAUUGCAGACCGUUGGAGUUCAAUACGAGGCUAUUGGAGGUGGCCAGUUCGGUGGGCGCUAAGUUGCUGGUGAGGAAGGUGCGCCUCAGGCUGGCGCGCAUCUACCAAGCGCUGGGCGACGAGGACCAGAAGGUGCAUCACGAGAGAUUGGCGAUGAGGCUGCAGGAGGAUUUGGAUUUGCAAUGCGGCGGUUGCGGGUCGCCCUACGGGCUCGAAAGCGAUUCGCUCGAGGCCCUGCCCUGCGCUCAUAUCCUUCACGCUAGAUGUGCCUACGAAUUGUUCAAGAGGAACAAGAAAAAGAAACGUUCCUGUCCGGAUUGCGACCGAACGAGUUCGAGAUUGUAUUUGAACUGCAACGACUACAAUAACAUGACGUAUAGUCCCGUUCCGUUGUCGAUUUGUUCAUCGGACAGCCUCUGUACGUCCCAUCAAGCCAUCAGUUCGGUCUGAUUUGACGAGGAUUGUAUAGCACGGUCUUACUUGCUGGUCUGGAAACUCGUCUUAUUUUUUGUGGUAGAGGGGUGCCGCGGGUAUUGUGACUUUGGUCGAGAGUCACAUCAACAGAGAUCAUCCCCCCUCCACGGGAGUUCCCUGACCUGUUACAUACGACCAGG